UUUGAUUAUUAUUAUAUUUCUGGAAAGGAAACUUUUCCAAGAAAAAAUCUCUCUCAACAAAAGCCGUCUUCUUAAGCGAAACAACAACAAACAAAAAGUCACGAAUUCGAAACUUCCUCGUCUUUGUUGUUGUUGUUGGUUACCAUUGAAAGCUUUCAUUUUUUUCUCCGUUUCUCUUCACGAAAUCUACUCGCCGGAUUCUGAUUCCUAAUUCUCCGAGCUUCACGUAUCAUAGUUUUUUUCUUUUGAUAAAUUCGUGUUUCAGGAAGAGGGCAUCAUAUAGUUGUUGGGUGGUGCAAUCAAUUCACAAGUUCUUUCCAGGAGACUUUUUUUUUUUUGGGUGAUGAGAUGUUGAACACUCUAGGUUUUGGAGUGAUUUUUAGUUUUUUGAUUCUAGGAGUUUGUGGAUUUAAUGGUAGAGGAAGGUAUAUGGUGUUUCUUCAAUGAAUCUGAAGGACCUCUCGUUUCUGUGAAAGACAAGAUUUUGUUGUUGGAGAUUACUACUACUCAUCUCAUUCGUCUUCAAGGAUUUGCUUGGUUAGAACUUUUUAAGUGUUUUUUAGAGAUUUCUAGUAACCAUGGAUGGAGAGGCUACUUCUUGGAUUAGGAGAGCUAAUUUCUCUCAUACUAUUUGUUACCGUAUGAUAAGCUUAGAAUCAAAUCCAGAUAGGACUUCUGGAUUGAAAAGAAUGCCUCUGAGUUCACCUUCUGAUUUGAAAUCACUUGUUGGAAUUAUUUCACAGCCAAGUUUGAGCUCCCCUAGUGUUGUUGUUGGUGGUGGUGGUACUGAGAUACAGAGGAAUCCACUCACUAAUAAGAAGAGGUCUGUUUCUCCCUCGCCUCAUAUGGCUCUUCCUAAUUCUUUUCAGGAAGCCAAGUCUGAUAUUAAGAGGUUUUCUACUCCACAUCCUAUAAGAAUGGAGUCAGAAAAGGGAAUUAAGGCCAAGGAUUCCUCUGAAAACAAAUCUUUUAAUCUACGGCCUUUGUCACACUCUGGUCCUAUUAGGGAUCUUAGUACGUUGAAAAUUCAAGACAGGGCAAAGAGUAAGAUAGACAAGAGGUCUUCAAAGUCUGUUGACUAUAGAGGCUCUAAAGUUAGUUCUGCAGGAGUGCUUGAAGAAUACCUCAUUGAUGCGUCUAAGGUGUCUUAUGGGGACAGGUUUACGCACGGGGUAUAUAGCCAGCUUUACCAUGGAAACUAUGAAGGCAAAGCUGUUGCUCUAAAGAUUAUCACAGCGCCUGAAAAUAGCGACGACAGAUUCUUGGCAGCUCGUUUAGAGAAACAGUUUACAAUGGAAGCCACGCUUUUAUCUCGACUUAGCCAUCCGAACGUCGUUAAGUUUGUGGGAGUCAGUACUGGAAACUGUAUCAUCACGGAGUAUGUACCUCGAGGGUCAUUAAGAUCAUAUCUGCACAAGCUCGAGCAGAGAUCUCUUCCUUUGCAACAGCUAAUCGAGUUUGGUCUAGAUAUUGCGAGAGGAAUGGAGUAUAUUCACUCAAGAGAGAUAGUUCAUCGGGAUCUUAAACCAGAGAACGUGUUGAUCGAAAAAGACUUUCACUUGAAGAUUGCUGACUUUGGCAUAGCGUGCGAGGAGGAGUACUGUGAUGUUUUGGGUGAUAACACUGGAACUUAUAGGUGGAUGGCACCUGAAGUGAUAAGACGGAUACCACAUGGAAGGAAGUGCGAUGUUUAUAGCUUUGGACUUAUUUUAUGGGAAAUGGUAGCUGGAGCAGUUCCAUACGAGGAGAUGACUCCUUUCCAAGCUGCUUUCGCAGUCAUGCACAAGAAUAUUAGGCCGGUGAUACCAAAAGAUUGUCCAACGGCUAUGAAAGAGCUGAUCGAGCUAUGUUGGUCGUUGCAAACAAACAAGAGACCAGAAUUUUGGCAGAUUGUCAAAGUGUUGGAACAGUUUAAAAAGUCUCUUACAAACGAAGGAAGACUCACUCUUUUACCGAGCCAAAUCUGUCCAGAACUAAAGAAAGGUCCCAAAUUCUGGAUUCAUAAAUUGGGAUCAAUCCAUCAUCACCACAGCGGUGGCGGCAGCACCAGCACCUUAGGCUCAGCCUUGCCUAAGCCUAAAUUCGCUUGAAAGACUCUGACUGACUCACAUUUUUUUUGUGAAUAGGAAAAAAAGAGCCAGUGGUUAUGUUUUUGUUUAUAAUCAAGGGUCUCCGUCUUACUUUUCAUUGGGUUGGCUUCGUUUUUGUUAAGUCAUCUCUUUCAUGUUUUUCUUGAAAUUGAUUCGUUUUGUUUGGAAUUAAACAAAGGCUUUAAUAAGAUUUGAUAAAGAUACCAAUUGGAUA